AUGCUUGGAAGAUUGAAAGAAGGAAUAAAUAGUUUUGUAUUUGGAAUAGAUAAGUUAUUUACUCCAUCUAAAUCUCGGACUAAUGUUAUAGAUUUGAGAAGGGCAGUAACACAUAAUGUAAUAAAAGAUGAACAAAACAUCGAAGGAAGACAAUGUCGAUAUCCAAAAAAUUAUCAUGACAUUGUAAAGAAGGGUAUAAUUCAAAGAGCAAAAGAUUCUAGAGGAAAUCCUAUACCUAGCAAAUAUGAGCUUUUAUUUGGCAAUAAAGAUGAGGAAGGAAAACAAUCAAGCUUUCCGUUAGCCUUAGUUAUUCAAGCUGUUGAAGAAGAUUCAAGUGAAAAAGGUGUAUAUCACGAUAUUCUAUACAAAGAUGGUAAUAAACGUUAUUUUACUCUUGAGACUUUAGUUGGUAAACAGCCUGACAGCAAAGAUAGUAAAAUUUAUAAAUUAUUUGGUUUUUCAGAAAAAGAUCUAGAAACAUGUAUACCAGUUUUUGAAGUUGAAAACAUUAAUGCAGAUCAAAAACAAGGCAAAGAUCCUAUAUACAAACUAACUAACUCUUCCGUAAUAACCAAGAAGGUGAAUGGUCAGGAAGUUCCUGAUGAAAAAUGUAGAAAUGGCAAGUUGCUAUAUACCAGCUACUCUGGACCGUCAAAUCUCCAUGCUUUUGCAAUUACUGAUGAAAGAGGUAACCUAGAGCUGGCCAAAAGUCUUUUUAUAUCUGUUCCCAUUAUAUUUAUUACAACUUUGCCUAAAAUUUUUGUUAAUGUUGUAACUGCUCCUUUUAUGAAAAUUGGGGAGUGGUUGAUGAAUAGACAGAAUCCAGUAGUACAAGCCUUCGGUCGCGUUUUACGUGGUUCUGCAGAACUAACAAAGAAUGUAGUGAACAUGGCAGCUACUAUAUUUAGAAUUCCUAUUUUACUAUUUACGGCAAAUAAAGAAAAGUAUAGUGAUGUUCACUAUACACUGUGGAAAGAGCAAUUUAAAGAGUGUUGGAAUGGCAUAAAGAAUGGCUAUAAAGUGAUCACAAGUGGUGAAGUGCCAGAAUCAGAAGAAGCAAAGGAUCGUACUGAACAUCACAUGAUUGGCACAUGGAAGGAGCUUAAUGCGAGAAAAUCAGAGAUAGAAGAUAAGUUACAAAAAACAAAACCUCGUAGUCCCAGUAUAGAAACAGUUGUAUCCCUUGGUGGUACUAAGACACCCUCCAUUGAGGUAUCCAGUGAUCAUGCUCAGAAAUUAACAGAGAGUCGGCAAAGAAGUGCAAGUACCUCGAGUACUAUUUCUAUGAAAUAA